AUGGCAUCGAACGAGAUUCUUCUUAUCACCGGCGGCAACACCGGGCUUGGCUUCGAGACCGUGAAAUCCUUGUACCAGUCUGAGAAGGCGUACACGAUAUUGCUGGGCGGACGAAGCCUGGAGAAAGCCAACGCUGCCGUCGAAAACGUACGAGUAGACUUCCCCCAGAGCGCGAGUACCGUCAAAGCAAUUCAGGUCGAUAUUGAGGAUGACGACUCCAUUUCCAGAGCAUAUGAACAGGUUGACAGCGAAUAUGGCCGUCUGGAUAUCUUGAUCAACAAUGCAGGGGUUCAAGUCGAUCAACAGGUUCUCGGCGGGAAGAUGACCAUGAGGCAGGCAUGGAACAAAUCGUGGGACGUCAAUACUACAGGAACUCAGCUUAUGACCUACACAUUUGUGCCUUUGCUGCUGCAAUCGGCGAAUCCUAGGAUCAUCUUUAUCGCUAGCGGAACUUCGACACUGGCAGAACAAGAGAAGGAGACUUUAUGGGUGGAUCGACCUGCACAAAAGGGCUGGCCGAAGCAGCCCAUGGAGAUGGGACCAGGCGCUUACCGGUCCAGUAAGACUGGGAUGAACAUGAUGAUGCGUGAGUGGGCGAGGAUAUUGAAGGCAGAUGGCGUGAAAGUUUGGGCUGUCUCCCCUGGGAUGCUGGCAACGGGCCUGGGAGGAAAUCCGGAGUUGUUGAAGAAGAUGGGUGCUUUGGAUCCCCAGGUUGGCGCGAAUAUCAUCAGAGAUGUCAUUGAAGGAGGUCGCGACCAUGAAAUUGGCAAGGUCAUCAGGAAGAAUAAUCGUUACUCUUCCACAUCAAAGGUUAUAAAGCGUCCUAGAGACUCUCUGGUGUGCACUCAGUGCCGAAGAUCGAAACUCAAAUGCGACCGAGGUCAACCUUGUGGCAGUUGCCUUAAGCGAGAUGAGGCCGCCUCUUGUUCUUACCACCGGACUCCCGGGGCCAGAAAUGAGUCCAGUCGAGCUUCCAUGGCGGAAGACCGCCUCAUUCAUCUCGAAGACAUGAUCAGACAGUUGAUGCAAACUCAGGCAUCAACACACUCCAAUGAUGUCGGCCUGCCUCCUGGGAAACCUGACACGCCGCCAAUAUUGCCGCACGACCCAGCAGAGCGGGUGCAAUCCGAAAAGGUUGACGAGGGCCGUUAUGUGGGCUCAACACAUUGGUCUGCUAUUCUGGACGACAUCCUGGAGUUGAAGGCCGUUUUAAGUGCUUCACCGGACGCGCACGACACCAGUGAGCACGUUGUAUUAGAAGCGCCUCUUAUCACCGACGAUAUCAUUUUUGGAGACUCAACUAACUACUCUUUGCAAAAUAUCCUCACUCAAUACCUCCCACCCAGAAUCGAGGUCGACCGUGCCAUUUCCCUCUACUUCAGAGGAGAGACCUUCAUCGUCCCAUUUAUCCACACGUAUCAAUUUCAACGACAAUACCGAGAGUUUUGGACGGCCACCUCCAAUGUCAAUCCACUUUGGCUUUCAUCCUUGUUCUCCCUGUGUUAUAUUGCAACACUGAUCGCAUCCGCCACCAGCUCAGAUCGGUCGCCCCAGGUAAAAGGGUUGAUCACCCGGUUGUUACAUUUCCACACCGCUGCCGGACAAUGUCUUGUGCUUGGAAAAUAUCAUCGUUCACAGCCUUUUGCCGUCGAAGCACUGGCACUAUAUGGGCACUGCAAGAACCUCAGAACCCUCGAUCCUUGCCGGGAGGCCGGCGCCAUUCUAGGUCUGGUUGUUCGCAUGGCCUAUGAAAUGGGCUACCAUCGAGAUCCAGACUCGGUUGGAUCUUUCUCUGUGUUUGAAGGCGAGAUGCGCCGGAGGUCCUGGGCUGUUUGCAAGCAGUACGACUCGAUGGUGUCAUUCCAGCUCGGACUUCCGAGUUAUAUCUGCCUGGAGAACACCGAUACCAAGCCGCCGAGAAAUCUCAUAGACUCGGAUUUUGAUGAGGAUACGGAGGUGCUCCCCCCGUCACGACCACAAUCAGAAGCUACGAGGAUGCUAUGGUUCAUCGUCAAAGACAGAUUGUUGGGCCAUUUCAGCUACGUCUGUAGAGAUGCUCUUUCAUUCAAGGAGAGGUCUGAGGCUGAGAUCAGCCAACUCGACCAUGAGAUCCGGCAAAUGCAAGCCACCAUACCGGACAUUCUUCGAAGUCGUCCCUUGGCUGAUUCACUCAUGGACCCGCCAUUCCUUGUCAUGAACAGAUUAUUCGUAGAGUUCAUGUCCCUGAAAAGUCUCCUGGUUCUUCACAGAAAGUAUAUGGCACGGGGUAACCGCUCCAGUACCAAGUCUUGCGUCGAUGCCGGCACGAAACUGAGCUUGCACCUGGCGGGCAACUGUACACGGAGCGCUGGAUGCUCAACAACUUCACAGUCAACGAUUUCCUUCUUGGUGUGA